AUGUGGAACCAGAGCGGCUCGCCGAACUCCAGCGCGCGCCUCCCGGACUACGAGAACGACACCUGGCCCGAGUACCCCGUGCACCUGUUCCCAGCCCCGGUGCUGACGGGCGUCACGGUCACCUGCAUCCUCCUCUUUGUGGUUGGGAUUCUAGGCAACCUCAUGACCAUGCUGCUGGUGUCCAGGUUCCGAGACAUGCGGACUACGACCAACCUCUACCUGUCCAGCAUGGCUUUCUCCGACCUGCUGAUCUUUCUCUGCAUGCCCCUGGAUCUCUUCAGGCUCUGGCAGUAUCGCCCCUGGAACUUCGGAGACCUCCUCUGCAAGCUCUUCCAGUUCGUCAGCGAAAGUUGCACUUACUCCACCAUCCUCAACAUCACAGCCCUGAGCGUGGAGAGGUACUUCGCCGUCUGUUUCCCCCUCAAAGCAAAAGUAGUGAUCACCAAAGGGAAAGUCAAGCUGGUCAUCCUGGUCCUCUGGGCCGUGUCCUUUGCAAGCGCUGGACCUAUUUUUGUCUUGGUUGGGGUUGAGCACGAGAAUGGAACGAACCCCUUGGACACCAACGAGUGCAGAGCUACGGAGUAUGCGAUCAAAUCAGGGCUGCUCACCAUCAUGGUCUGGACCUCCAGCGUCUUCUUUUUCCUGCCUGUGUUUUGCCUGACUGUGCUUUACAGCCUUAUUGGGAGGAAAAUCUGGAGGAGAAAGAGAAAAAACAUGGGACCAAAUACCUCUAUCAGGGACAAGAACAACAAACAAACUGUGAAAAUGUUAGGUAGGACUUUAUAUUAA